GUGACACUGUGUAGUAAAGUAGCCUAUCUAAAAACAAACGGUAUUUUCUGUGGAUGGUAGUUGAAUGGCUUGAGGCUAUGGUUAGAGUAGAAAUAUGGAAGUGCCUCUUCCAGGUAACAUCCAUUCCACGUUUUACUUCAGCCAGCCUUUCGACGAAGUAUCCUAAGCAAGUGUGCGCAUUCAGCCAGGAUGAGACGGAACAGCGGCACACAUAUCAGAGACGAAACAGGGAUUGGGAAAGAAUCGUUAAAGAGAACGCAUUGAUCUGAAAAUUGGCUGGCGAGGGAAGCCAUUACCAUUUACAUUUCAAUAUUACAUUUGCCAUGACAACAUCUGAGAGGAUGCUGCGUCUGCACACCGACACAAUUUUAGCAGAGGGUUCUUAGGAACCUCCAUGCGCAAGAAGCAUAGGGUAUUCCAUGCGAUUAUUACCGUUAUUCAGUUGCUUAAUUUAUCCAGGUUUAGACUACAGUUACUAUGAAUAAUGAUACCGGAUUUUUAUUUCUCUCGCUGUUGUGAUAUAAAGAAUUUGCGGCAUAAGAUGCUAACGCGCAAGGUGCAGAAUCUCAUCAUAAAGGUACAAUCUGGGAGGCGUAGGGAGACAGACUUCAGAGUCUAAAAUUUAAGAUGUAUACUCAUGAUGCAAAAUUGGAGCGCAAUGUUUCAAUCGGAGGGAGUUCCUCUACACCAAACCAUUGUCACAGUGUAAGCUUGAGUUUUGAAUGAGACAUUUGGAAACUGUAUCUAUACGGAUGAAAGCUCACGAACCAGCUCGCAUUCCAAGAGCAGAAUACAUCUCAAACAUCCUCAAUGCGAAAUGAUACGACUAAUCGGCUUCAGGACUCCAACAUCUUUAAUGGCAUUUAUGACAAGAAGGUGGAAAGUUUUAUUGGUCCUGAAUUUGUUGGCAGUUGGUGGAUUCAUUACUUUUUGGGGCAAGUGUAAUAUACGUACGUCCAAAGGAAUUGGUUUAGAGGCUUCGGCUGAUGUGAGAAGACACACACGUUUGAACAUCUCUGGCCAAGACACAAGCAUCACUAACGAAAUCCUGUUAAGGAGACUCGGGUCGCUGGAAGACGUGGUGUACAGGCAGCUGAACGGCUUGUCCAAAUCACUGGGGCUCGUUGAAGGCUUUGGAGGUCGUGGUAGAGGAGGUCUGCCAGCAACCUUAGCUCCAGCUGAGGAGAAAGAGGCCAAAUACCUGAAGGAGAAAUAUGGCUACAAUGCAUAUCUCAGUGACAAGAUAUCACUGGACAGAUCCAUCCCCGACUAUCGACCGAGCAAGUGCAGAAAGGUCUACUACCCAAGAGACCUCCCGCAGAUCUCCCUCAUCUUCAUCUUUGUGAAUGAAGCGCUCUCUGUCAUCCUGCGCUCUGUCCAUUCAGCCGUCAAUCACACACCGGCCCACCUCCUCAAGGAGAUCAUCCUGGUGGACGACAACAGCGAUGAAGAGCAAUUGAAAGGGCCGCUGGAGGAGUAUGUCAACAAGCGCUACCCGGGCCUCAUCAAAAUCGUGCGCAAUCAGAAGAGAGAGGGACUCAUCCGUGCACGCAUCGAAGGCUGGAAAGUGGCCACUGGGGAAGUGACAGGCUUCUUUGAUGCCCACGUCGAGUUCACUCCUUCCUGGGCUGAACCGAUUCUGGCUAGAGUCAAGGAGGACCACACGAGGAUCCUCCUGCCCUCCAUAGACAACAUCAAGUAUGAGACCUUUGAGCUGGAGCGCUAUGAGAACUCUGGCCACGGCUACAACUGGGAACUGUGGUGCAUGUACAUCAGUCCUCCGAAGCAGUGGUGGGAUGAGGGUGACACCUCAGCGCCCAUCAGGACUCCUGCAAUGAUCGGGUGCUCUUUCGUCGUGAACCGCGACUACUUUGGAGAGCUGGGUUUGCUGGACUCUGGCAUGGAUGUCUAUGGAGGAGAGAAUAUUGAGCUUGGAAUCAGGGUUUGGCUGUGUGGUGGCAGCAUGGAGGUGCUGCCUUGUUCCAGGGUGGCCCACGUUGCCAGAACCAAAAAGCCGUACCACAGCAAUAUCGCUUUUCACACUCGCCGCAACGCACUGCGGGUCGCAGAGGUCUGGAUGGACGAGUACAAAUCUAACGUCUACUUGGCCUGGAACCUCCCCAUGGAGAAUCAUGGGAUUGAUUACGGUGAUAUAUCCCAAAGAGUGGCACUAAGGAAAAGACUUCAGUGCAAAGAUUUUGAGUGGUACCUGGACAACAUCUACCCAGAGAUGAGGAGGUACAACAGCACUCUGUUUUACGGAGAGAUACGCAACAGCGAUGUGACAAAUCUUUGUAUGGAUCAAGGUGAAAAGGAGAACCACACAGCUACACUGCAUCCAUGUCAUGGGUGGGGGCCUCAGCUGGGUCGCUACACUAAGGAGGGCUACCUGUUCAUGGGUCCGCUGGGCAGCACUGGGGAAGACACACACUGCGUCAUGGAUGAUCGAGUCAGCAGCUCUCCUCAGCUCAUCAACUGUGAGAAAAUCUCCAACGUAGAGCAAAAGACAUGGAAUUUUGCUCAGAAUGAGGCGAUCAUUAACCGGGCCACGGGCCGUUGUCUGGAGGUGGUGCAGGCUAACGUGCUCUUCGGCUACAUGCUGGUCCUGAGGUCCUGCACUGGCCAGAGGUGGACCAUCAAAAACACAAUGAAGCAGUGAUCCACCACAGCCAACCUACUCCCUCACCAGGAGACGCUGGAUAAGAGAGGACAAGCGGAUAAGUGUGUCCAAAGUGCUGCUUUCAAGAAGAAAUGGUUGUUAUCUGCGGAUGCAGCUCGAUUAAGUACCAAAAAACAAUGCUCACGCGCACUCAACUACUCUGAGUGCUGACAAACAUGCCAACAGGCCCCCUCUAAAAAGGGAUGGAAAACAACGACUAGAACCAUGAACAGUGACUUGCUAAACCAAAACAAGACAUGCUUGUGGUUAUCAACUGAAAAAAAUUCCCCUCAGGGAUAAAAUAUUUGUUCACAUUCAUAUCAGUGAAUGACAUUUAUCUACAAUACAACUCAUUCUGCAAGUGUAGUGACCAUGGUGUAUUUCAGGCAUCCAUUUAUUGUGUAAGUGAGAUGACAUAUUGCCGUUGCUGGGAAGCAUUAAUCAGUGUGCUUGGAAAAUAGUUUCUAGGGUCUUUUUGUUCUAAGUAUUGCUUUGAAAUAUGGAUUCAUUGACUCCAUUGUGAUCAAAGUGCCCCCUUUUCUUUUGGUAUGAAACGUGAAUCAUUUGAAGCAUUCAAUAGCACUACAGUAGCAUGCGAUGGUUAUUUGCACAUGGGGAGUUCUACGUGUAUCAAUAAAGUUUUUUAUAUAUCCCAGAGAGAGACACUGUAUCUUGGUGUCCUAUAGGAACACAGAGCAAAAAAUGAAAAAAAGACAUUAAAUAUUCACAUAUUUAUCACUAAAUGGAAGGAUUUAUGGAGGGGGGCAUUGUGGGACAAUAUUACAUACGGUAAAGAGUACUGCAGAUUUGUAUUGUUUUAAAUGAGAUAUGUAUUGUAAUAUUCAACUGUUUCAGUGGUCAUGGAAUUUCCCAUAUCGUCUUCCAUUUUGUAGUAGCAUCUCUUGGUUUGAAUAAAAUUCUGAAUUCUG